GUUAGCCACUCUAGCUGUGGGCACGUUUUGCGGUUGCAGCUGUUGCUUAAACAGAAAAUGGAGCAAACAAAUGGAUUUUACGAUUUCUGCAUUCCCUACAACAAAGAUGACAAGAUAUUGCGUGGCAUACUCAAUGAAUUGGUCGAACUGGGUUACAAGACGAUAGCAAUUGACCAGAGCUUCGAUCACAGCAAAAAGGAGCCUGGUAAACGUGGUUCCGAAAUGUUUCCCGAGCCACACAACAUAGACAGUAUACGCAAGGAGUUUGCCAACAAGUUAAAGAUAUUGCAGCGAAUAACUAUAUUAUAUGUAGAUGCAAACGUGGCGCACGCAAUGAGCGUUUCGUUGAAUCUUCGCAAGUUUAACCUAAUCGCUGGACAACCCAAAACGGAAGCAGCGCUAACGCACUGCUGCACGUCCUUUAAUGGCGAUAUCAUUACCUUUGAUCCAACUGCCGGCUCUCGUUUGCUUAUCCAGCGUAAACCUUAUCUCAUUGCGGUGCGAAGAGGCAUGUACUUCGAGAUAAAGUAUGCACCGGCUAUAGCAGACUCAAAUAAUCGCAAGGAUAUGAUUAAGGUGGCACAGAACUAUUGCACCAAAGGCAAAUCGAGAAAUAUUAUCUUCAGUAGCGGUGCAUUGCAUGAAUUUCAACUACGCGGGCCAUACGAUGUGGCGAAUUUGUCCUACAUAUUUGGACUCUCUGAAAAUCAGGGCAAAAAUGCAAUCGAUCGGUUUUGUCGGCAACUUUUCUUACGCGCCGAAUCACGCCGUUUGGGCAAAACAAUCAUGUUUGUUAAGAAUAAAGGACCAAUUGUAUUUUCCGACAGUUCUGAUGAGAGUGACGAGGAAUUGGCUGAUGAAAUGGAUACUUUAGUGAAGGAAACAGCAAGCGAAGAAGAAUCAGAAGAAAGAGAAAGUAGUCAAGCCAAUAAAAGACUGAAAGUAGCAUAAACAAAAGUGUAUAUUUAUUUCGUAUAAACAAUUGAAAUGGAUGAAAUCUUUAAAACAUGAAAAACACUUCCAUACAAUUCUCGAAGCUGCAAAGUUUAUUCUCGAAUUUCAAAAUUUAUACGGUCAUACAUAGUGCGCGCACUUGAAAUUCCAGCUAUCAUAUCGAUAGUAUGUUAUCGGAAGCGUUUUUCCGCACAUUUUUUAUAUUUAACUGUUUAGACCUUAGAUGCCAAACAAGAAUAUUAAAUCUAUAAUAAAAUAGGCUUUAAUUGCAACCAAUUUUCUCUAUCCACGCAGAAAUUUGCACAGAAGUAGCACGUAUUUCCAAGUACAUGUUAAUGCGAUUAAUCGUUACUUAAAAAAUACUUGACUUUUUAGCUGCCUACCGUAUAUCGGUCAUCUCUAAUCGCUGCUAAACAAAAUGGAGGUCUUUGAUGUGCUGUGAGCGAACGUUUCACUGCGAAUAUGUCAAAGGUCGGCCAUGAAGUGUGCGAAACAACAAAAAGGACAAACACAAAUGUGUAUACACUAUAAAAGAAAACAAAAGAUAAUAACAUAU